UCAACACCACUGCCCCCCCCCCAAAAUUCCAUAAGUGCUCGAUAGAUGACCUGCUGAAAGUCCUACUAAAGUCCUAUUUUGUCAUUUUUCAACAAUUUUGUUAGACAUCCUAAAAAAUAGAAGUACUGACAAUUGGAAAAAUUUCAUAAAAAUAACUGCAUAAAGUGGCUCAAUUGACAAUAUUGACAUAAAAGUUCACCUAUUAAAAAAAUGUUGCAAAAAUAGAGAAAAGUGCUUAAAAGUUGGAAUGAAAUUGCAUAAAGUUACUGAGAAAUGAAGGUACACUUUAGGUAUACUGACCAACCUUGUACUUUUUUCAGUUUUUUUCAGAGAAACCCCCAAUUUGGACAUUUUUGUGCUAUAACGAAAAACGAAACGAAAUAACGAAAUAACGGAAAAACAAAAUGAUGUAAUAACGUUAAACGAAAAACAUAACGUAACGGAAUUAUCUGUGCAACGAAAUAACGGAAAAAUAACGUAACGAAAAAUUUCACAAAUCUGAAACGAAACGAUAUAACGUAACGAAAAAAAAAUUUCGUUAUGACAACACUGCCAAAAACCCCUUGAAACUUUGAACUUUUUUUUACAAUAUUACAAUUUUUUCGCCUUUUACCAUUACAACUACGUUCCUUUCAUUUUCCAAAAAUUUUUCUCAACAUCUCGAGCUUCCGACUGUACUACAGACUACAGCGUACAGCACAGUACAUCAUGAAUUUAUCUCAUCUCAUGUAUUUCCCGUUUCGGAAACAUUUCACGGUACGUACUACGUACGCCGUAGAGGCGUAGACCGCCUGUGCCUGUCGUUACAAUUCACGAAACGAAAAACGGAACAUAUCUCACGUUAGCCUGACACGGUUUUAACGAAAACGAAACUCACCGUAUCACGUAUCACGUAACGAGUGACGAAAUGAAAUUGAGAAUCUCCAUCCCGGAACGGAAACGGAAACCUGAGAGUCAUCACCAUGUAUCUAUCAAAACGUCUUUAUCGAACGACGAUGCGACGCCAUAUUGAAUUAUUGAAUUAAAACACGUAGUUAGAUAACAUGUCGACGAAUGUUUAUAUUGUUUACCAUGUUCACGGCGACGGAAAUAAUUCGUUUUGCGAGUUGAAUUUUCAUGGUCGACGAAAACAUAUCGAAUUCAAUCGUCAAAGUGCGGAAUUUCCAAAAUUUGAACGUCGACUCUGAAUGAACGAUCAAAAAUGGUUUCGGAAUCUUCGGAAAAUGUCGUGAUACCGGACAUGUCCGAAUCUCAUACGAACGAGGCCGACAACAAUGAAAAUAUGAUUUCCGUUUCCGAAGAUCAGAAGAAUGUACCUGUUCGGGUGACGGCGGUGGAUGUCGAAGCGGUGCCGGUGUCUACAAUUCCAGUUGGUUCCUUGAUCAACGUUGGUACCGGAGAAACAUUCAAUAUUGUCACAUCCGAUCAAUUACAAAUCGCGGCCGGAGGAGAAUUUCUCUGCGUGGACAACAAUUGCAGCAGCGGUAAUGUCAAGAGUGGAGAAACUUGGCACACCUUGGUGCAUUCGGAAAGCGGCGAACUGAACGCAACGCAUAUAGUCAUUCAAAAUGGAAACAAAGUUAUCGAUGACACCUCCGAUCAGAACACUAUCGAAAAGAUCACGUAUAGCUAUACGAAAGCCGCGAGUCUGCCAGUUUUACAUGUCAGAUGCAAGAAUACAAACGCGGAGUUGCACAAAGCGAGGUUUGGUUCCGGAGGAAGAGGUCGUUGCAUUAAACUCAAUAAUCAAUGGUAUACGCCGAGCGAAUUUGAAGCUGUAUGCGGCCGAGCAUCGAGCAAAGAUUGGAAGCGAAGUAUCAGGUUUGGCGGAAGGAGUUUACAGAGUUUGAUUGACGAAAGAAUUCUAAUUCCACACGCUACGAGUUGUACCUGUAGUACUUGUUGCGACGACGUUGCGGCUGCUGGCCCUAUUCGAUUGUUCACGCCGUACAAGCGUCGCAAGAUAUCGAAACGACGUUUCAAGAAGAAGUGUAAAACCUCAUCUGGCGGCGACGAAGCAUUGAGUAACGGUGAUGAAAGCGACUCCGCUUCAGGUGCAGAAUGCAAGGAAGAAAGUUGGUCCAUCAAUGCGAGUGAUGACGUCGCAGAUCAGCCAGCAUUAUCGAGCGCGACUUCUACUAGCGUUACCACUACACACGUAACCGCGACCAAUGUCAACGGAGCCAUUUCGUCCGGUAACGUCUCCGAAUCCGAAGACUUGAGUGAUUUAUUCAAAAAGUUGAACGAUAUGUCGGCCAAGAUGUUCAAAUUAGCUCACCAAAUGAGGAGUAUAGUAAAAAGUGCCGAAGUCAGAUGGCAGUUGGAAAGUGGCAUUUUACGCGAUGAAAAAGAUGACAAAAUAGACGGCUCCAACUUCGAAUCUAGUAUGAGCAUAGAAGAAACUGUCACAAAUAUCAGUCUUCAACCGCGAACUGGUAACACCGACGUAAAAAAAUGUGCCAAUUGUAAUCGCGAAGCUUAUGCGGAAUGCUCACUCUGUCGAAGAACACCGUACUGCUCUACAUUUUGUCAAAAAAAAGAUUGGUCUAUGCAUCAAAUGAAUUGCGUUCGCGAUGAGCCUGGCAUAAUGCUCAUCGUUGGCGGAAAUAGUUGUACUUGAUCUUUCACUGCGAGAUUGUCAGCGCUGCCGGCAACGGACAGUAAAUCGAGACUUUCACGCGGGCCGCCUUUCCGAUGGCGAAACCUCGAAUUGCGCCCAUAUUUGACGUAAUCGUAAUCGCGGUUAUCGUUUUUAAUUUUCAACGAUAUUAUUCCGAACUCGGCAGUCGUAAAAUGUAAGUAUUUACUUAUGUAGACUACGAAUGUAUCCUAUCUUAUCCUAUUAUGUGGUUUGUUCUCUUUUGUUUUAUCUUGUUUAUUUUUUCCCCCAAUUGUAAAUGUUGGAGUUGAGUAAAAUGUUUCAUCUUCGACGUACCUAUGUACAUUGGUAAUCAUUUUAUGAAAUUAGAGUUUUUCAAUUUGU